AUGGCGACCAAAGCAGAUCCAAACAAACAAGGAUGGGAAGAAUCCGACUUUCCUAUUCUUUGCGAGACUUGCCUGGGGGAUAACCCUUAUAUUCGAAUGACGAAGCAGGGCUUUGGGAAAGAGUGCAAGGUUUGCUCCCGACCAUUCACUAUCUUUAGAUGGCUCCCCGGAGCCGGAAUGCGUUAUAAGAAAACGGAGAUUUGUCAGACUUGUGCAAAAUUAAAGAACGUUUGUCAAACAUGCCUCUUGGAUUUGCAAUACAAUCUCCCCGUCCAAGUUCGUGACACUGCACUCAAUAUUACCAAUGAGGCGCCACGAUCAGAAAUCAAUAGAGAAUAUUUUGCCCAAAACAUUGAAGGAAAGAUUGCUGAUGGGGAUAGUUUCAUAAGCUAUGGAAAGGCCGAUUCGUCUGGUCGCGAGAUGCUGAAAAAGCUUGCAAGGACAGAACCAUAUUAUAAGCGUAAUCGACCACAUAUCUGUUCUUUUUUUGUUAAAGGAACUUGCACGCGUGGUGAUGAAUGUCCUUACAGGCACGAGAUACCAGAAGAAAACGAAUUGUCACACCAGAAUAUCAAAGAUCGUUACUACGGUACAAAUGAUCCGGUGGCCAAAAAAAUAUUGAAUCGCGUAAAAGGUGGUGGAAAUUCAAAUAUUACACCACCGGAAGAUAAAUCUAUAACAUCUUUGUUUUUGACCGGAGUUGAAGAGGAUAUCGGCGAGACAGAUUUAAGGGGACAUUUUUAUGCUUUUGGAGAGAUAAAAUCGGUUGUGGUGGUUCACAAGUCGAAAUGCGCAUUCAUAAAUUACGCGACAAGAGCGUCGGCUGAACAAGCCAUAGAUAGAUCUCACAAUAACUUAAACAUCAAAGGACAUGAAUUGAAGAUAGCAUGGGGUCGACCAAGACCUACGGGACCUAAAACCGAGGUGCAGGCGACUAUGGCACCUCAAGGCCUUAUUCUACCUCCAUUGGAGUCCUUAGAAAUUCCGGCACCUCCUGGUGAAAAUCCUCCCGGUUUUCUGUAUCCAAGUCAAGACCCAACAUAUCAAGGUUCGUCAAACAAGGGUUAA